AGAUAUGAAACCAUGGUUCAGAUCACAAGAGAGGGCGGAUUGCGUAAUGAAGAGGAAAUACUUGAAUAGGUCCAAAGAGGGGCCAGCUGCAGGCAGAACGAGGACAGGAAAACAGAAUUCCAGAAGUGUCGAUCAACAUGCCAAACCCAAAGGAUGUGGAAUCAGUGCCUCGUCCAGAGAUUUUUGACUUUGAUGGAGUUGCAAUGGUCAACGCUUUUACUGACAACUGGGAAAAUGUGCAAAACUUUCAAGCACGCCCGGAUGAUAUAGUUGUGGCAACAUAUCCCAAAGCAGGAACGACAUGGGUCUCGUGCAUUUUGGACAUGCUCUAUUUUGGACAGACAUCACCGGAGCGGCAGACCUCCAUCCCCAUCUAUGAAAGAGUCCCCUUUUUGGAACUGUCCAUAUUUAACCGAGAAGGUAUGAACUUGGUAGGAGUAGAUAUGGUCAACAAUCUCCCCACAUCACCACGGUUGAUAAAAACUCAUGUUCCAGUCCAGUUUCUUCCAAAGACAUUCUGGGAGAAUAACUGCAGGAUUGUGUAUGUGGCCCGUAAUGCUAAGGACAACAUGGUGUCCUACUAUCAUUUUGAUCGCAUGAAUACAGUCCAACCAGCCGCUGGAGAAUGGAAUGACUACUUCCAGAGAUUUUUAGAUGGACAAUUGGUAUUUGGAUCAUGGUAUGACCAUGUAAAUGGCUGGUGGCAGAAGAAAAAGACCUAUUCAAAACUGCAUUAUAUGUUUUUUGAAGACCUUGUUGAGAACACAGAACAGGAAAUAAACAAGCUGUGCAGCUUCCUUGGCCUGUCCGUUAGCCAAGAGAUCAAACAAUAUAUCACAGGCCAAGUCCAGUUUGACAACAUGAAGAAAAACAGCAUGGCCAAUUACUCCACAUUAAGCGGCACAGUUAUGGACUUCAAAACAUCUCCCUUCAUGAGAAAAGGAAAAGUUGGUGACUGGAAAAAUCACUUCACUGUGGCCCAAAAUGAGAAGUUUGAUGAAGAUUAUAAACAAAAAAUGAAGGACCCCUCACUGCAGUUUCGCACAUUAUUAUGAACAAACACACUGUUAGCUCUAGGCGAUAUGGAGCAAAAAAAGUUUAUCUCGAUAAUAAUAAAUAAAAGGUUCCUGAAACUC